ACACACACAAACCGCUUCUCAUCCUUCGCAUUACGUGAUUUGAGCAUAGGUUCGAAACAGAAGGGUUCAGCGAAAUCUGAUACAUAUAUAUAUUAUCUAUCUUAUCAGAUCAGUCGGGUGUUGCUGUGAAAGUGUGAAUGGAUUUUUCUCCUCUGCAAGAGCACGUCUGCAUGGAGUCUUCGGACCAAUGGCUUCAGGGAGCUGUUCAAGAGGAAUCUGGAGCAAUGGAUUCUUCAUCUUAUUCUCCACCAUUAAUGGAGAGGAGGGUAAGGCCAGCCCCAACGGACCAAGCUUUGAAGUGUCCGAGGUGUGAGUCCACAAACACCAAGUUCUGCUACUACAACAACUACAGUCUCUCUCAGCCGAGGUACUUCUGCAAAACUUGCAGGAGGUACUGGACCAAAGGAGGCACAUUGAGAAACAUCCCAGUAGGUGGCGGUUGCAGAAAGAACAAGAAAGUCUCGUCCAAGAAGUCCAACGACGUCGUUCACCCAGUACAGUCAGAACCCAAAGAUCUUCAUCUCACAGCUUCUAAUUUCCCAGAUCAUCAUGCAAUGCAUUUUCCCCACUCAGUGGGACUGAUGGUGGAGAAUUCGAGGCUCAUGGAAACUAAGUUUGGAGGGAUAAACAAUGUUAUGGGAAAUUUUGGCGAUGCUGGGGUUUCAGAUCAGAUAAAUUAUAGCCACAAUGGGUUAUUGGCACAGAAUUUCCAGGGUUUUGGAGGAAAUAUGCGUUACUUUGAUGGCUAUAACAUUAAUGGCGGGACUUAUAGCACAAUGGACUCUUUUUACCAUGGCAAUGAGGAUGGUGCGAUUCAUGAUGUGAAGCCAAACCCUAAGCUGUUGUCUCUUGAAUGGCAAGACCAAGGUUGUUCUGAUGCUGGGAAGGAGCCUUUUGGGUAUAUCAAUAGUCUGGGUUCAUGGACUGGCAUGAAUAUGAUCAAUGGAUAUGGACCCUCCACAACAAACCCUUUGAUCUAAAAUUCUAGACUCUUAGUACAGUUUCGAUUUACCAGUCGGGUUAAUUAAUGAAAGCAUAACGAGUACAUAUUAUUUUUUAUUGUUCUGUCUCUGUUAUGUUUUUAUUAAGAUAUCAGACAGUGAACAUUGGUUCAUCUGCCUCUGGGGGAUUCAUGGAUCUAAUCAAUCAUUUUCCUCUACGAGAUUAAUAUAUAUUUAGGCAUAUGCCACUUAUGGAGGAAGGGGACUCGCGCACACGCGCGCGCGCACACAUUAUUGUUUAUCGGUUUAUUUCUGUUAAGGUGGUCUUUUGGGCUUCUUUUGACCUCACACGAAUAUUUAAAGGGUGUGUGAACGAGAGGCUACAGGGUCCCAAAUGGAGGGCUACCUUGGUGCGUUACUUUUGGUUUUAUAUAUUCGUGUUUGUGUGUGUAACACUAUAUUUGAAAGGUUUAGGAUCUUGUUGUAACUUCGAGGAAGAUAUUGAUAGUUCUCUUAUAAAAAGAAAACGCACUAGUUAUCUGGUACCAUUUUAAUUUCUUUCA